AUGGCCUCUCACUCAAAGCGCGAUCCCACAAUGUAUUCCUUUAUGAAUGGGGCUGAUCUGGUCGAGGAACUUCUCAAGGAGGAUGGAUUCACAACCUGGGGCUUCGUGAUCUUUCGUUGCACGUACCACAAUGACUCUGACUGGGAGAACUUCAUGGCUCGCAUGGUCGGCGCCGUCUCAGAAGACCUCAAGGAAUACAGUGGCCUUGAUCUCCUCGACACAUUCGCCCCAACGGUCUUGGAAGACCCCUCCUUUGAGGGUGCCACGGUUGCCACCCUACGCGAGCACUUCCAUCAGUGGAAGAAGACUGCAUUGAAAGAGGAACAGGGCGUGAGCGAAGACUACACUCCAACGAGCGGCCGAUACCGCUUCUUCAUCACCGUGGACCAGGAGGCUAUGGAGUCCGUUCUAAACACCCCCUUGGGAGGGUUCGAAGAAUAUGAAUUAGGGCAUGUCCGCAUGGUUAAUGCUGAAUGGAAAUGGACAGAUGUGCCUGAAGAGGUCUCUGAGGACGAGGAUAUAUCAGAGCCUGAGGAGUUCGAGCCCCUUGAAGGGUGUACUGAGGAUGAUGUGGGCUGGAUGAACAUACGCUGGCGUAUUGUGCAGCUUCCGGGAUUCCACAGGAUGACUGAGAUUGAUGACUGGCAGGCGUAUUAUGUCCGGUAUCCGGGGAUCGCAGACAUAAAUUGA